GUGGGAUUUGCGUAGGAGUAUCACAUGCAUCCCCUUUUGGGACUCAACAUCCUCAUUGAGAUUUGCACUAUCACCAUGAAGCAGAAGCUCUGCAGCGUCACCGACGACUCGCCGUCGUCAUCAUCGCCACCGGCGACUACUUCCAUCGUCUCAUCGAGAUUGCUUACUGAAACCCACUUCGCUUUCAUGGAGUUGUUCAUCUCUAUCAAUCCUGUCACUGUCUGUCCCUCUCAAUCCCUCUCAGCACAUGAAAUCCACCAUUCUAGCUACCGUGACAGGGAGAUCUUGAGGUGAGCUUGCAAAACGUCCUAACAGGAAAUAAGGAAAACAAAGAACAGAUCGGGACUUGGGUGGUAGCAAAGUGAUACCAGUUGUUACCACGAAUGCCAAAGAAUCAAGGUAAACAUACAAUACAUUACCAUCACUUCCUGAUGAAAAUGCCUGUAGGUUUUACCAAAAAACUGAUUACUGAGAGGUCGUCGGAGGCUGAUUUGUUCUGGUUUAAUUAUGAUCUACGUUAUGGCUUUCCCCUGUUGAAUUUGGACUCAAUUACUGGCAAUUCUAACUGCUCGCGUCCUACUUUGUAUUCUAAGAUGAAUGGGGAUUAGAUCAUUAUAGCCCUAGGAUGAGUGAGUCUCAUAUUGGAUCCCACUCGCCUAAAGGUCUGCAUUUUAUAAUCCAGUGCAAAACCAUUUUUGAUCACUUUACUAGAUCUUCAAAUUGCUGUAAAUAUGGCAAGCGUAAACCCUUUGUAAUUGAAUCUCUCUUAUGACAAAAAAUAAGAAGAGAAUCUUACU